UUCACCAAGUCACCGAAACGCUUCAAUCUGGAAUCCAAGGGAAUUUUGAUACGGCAAUGUCCACGACUACAUGCGUUUGCCGUUCGUUGGACAAGUUACACCGCCCAAACGAUCCAGUCGAGGCUGUCCCGCAUACUUGCAUAAGAAAAGGUGCGACGGCAAGCGAGUCUCAACAAAGCUCAACAGAAUAGGCGGAAUGCCUGGCUGAUCUGUUCGUCACAAUCAUCGGUCAGGCUAUCAGCCAAAAAAUGUCAGCCAGUGGGAGGCUUGGACUACCGUCAGACGUUGAUGCCAUCACCAAUGUCAUCAUCAAGACAAUGCCCCUCGACCCGCAAUGGGACUACCGUUUCCCUCUGCGGAAAGAAUUUCCCGAGGACCACUACAAGUACACGCGCAUGUUAUUCGAAUACUUCUUAGACCCUUCGUUUGAUGACUGGACAGUCAUGGUGAUUGAAGAUGUUGACCCCGCCGGCAGCGAGAAGCUCAAGAUCGCCUCCAUUAGCAUGGACCACACUAUGUCCCCCAGGACCGCAACUAAUCGUGAGGUUGACAAGCGAGGAGGCAGCACACGUAGAGAUGCCAACCAGCAACACUUCAACGCCUUCCACAAUGGUCAGGCUAAGGCCUAUAAGAAGUACUUUGGGGACAUUGGGCCGGAGCAGCUUCAUCUUCAGAUCCUGGCAACCUUACCAGACUUCCAGAGACGCGGCCACGCGACUACGCUUUGCAGAUGGGGUAUGGACGUCAUUCGCAGAGAGUCGUUGAAGGAUAUCUCGGUCAUGGCGAGCCCUAUGGGAUAUCACCUGUACACACGGCUGGGGUUCGAUCACCUUGCUACCGUCAUCAUUCAGGUCCUCGGAGAAGAUGAGAAACUUACUCUUCAAGCGAUGAAGUAUGCCUCUAUCGUGGAUGGGAAAUUGGCAAAUCUGUAGCUGCUCAUACGGCUAUAGCCGCUAAAGUGUAAAGCGAGGGCUUAAGCCGUCUUACUAGAGACAAGCUGCAAGGCUGGUGUUGAUUUCACACAAAGUAUGGUAGCGAUGACUUAUCUCUGUUUUUUUCUC